GAGCGCGGCACGUUACGGGGGGGAGUAUGGUUGCCUCUCCGUAGAGUACACCUUGCGGUAAACAAAACAAACGGCCAAACAAACAGCCGCCGUCUGCAAGCAAAGUGACUUCCCUCUCGCCUCUAGGGUAUCGUUUAACAAUAGUCUUUGACAGUCGGCUGACAGCUUAAGAUGCCAUCGCCGGAACGGGAUAGUUACCUUAAUCUGUGUGACGCCAACAAAGUGCUGGUAGAUCAAAACGUUCUGAGAGCCCUCUCAAAUGCCAGCUUGACAUCAUUAGACUUGUCGGGUUUGAGCUUAACUAAAGAAACAUGUGAGAUAUUGGCCAAAGUCCUAAUAAGCUCCACUGUGUUCCAUGACCUCAAUUUCACAGACUGUUUGCUUCCACCACGAGGGCUAGCAUCAAUCUUGAAAAAUCUGUCACAUGUAUCCUGUCUAACAUUCUUGGAUCUCAAAGGAAAUAAUAUAUCAGGCAGCAGUAUUGCGAAAUUAGGUCAGAUGCUUUCAAACAAUUCAUCACUGAAAAGAAUCAAUCUGGAAUGGAACAGCCUUGGCCUUUUUCCUGAACAGUUUAAAGAAUUUUGCUCAGGAUUGGCUCAAAAUUCCUGUUUAGAAGAUCUUGAUCUUCAAAAUAACCGACUAACGCCUGAAUGUGCUUCUAUGCUAAGCAAUGCUCUCUCCUCUAACUCAACUUUAAAAUCUUUAGAUAUUCGCUGGAAUGAAAUAGGUUGGCAAGGGGGCCAGUACAUAUAUGAUGCCCUUCAAAAUAACAACUCAUUAGAUAGCAUUCAAUUACAAGGAAAUUGUAUACCAAGUGACCUCUCACAAGCUAUAGAGCAGUGUUCUUCUCAUAACUUAUCACGGCAUAAAGUAAUUCAAGAAUGCUCCGUUCGCAAUCAGCUACUUGCCAAACAUGUCAGGCGUGUUGAAGCCAAACGAACUCUAGAAAUUGAAAGUCUUGCAAAACAGAAUGAAGAAAUAAUCAAGGAAACAGAGAUAAGACUUAAUAGUGUUGAAGAAGUAUUGAAUGAAAAGAAUGUGGCUUUAGCAAGUGCCCAGGUUCAGAUAAAGUCCCUUCAGGCAGAACUUCGAAAACAAGAGCAAACAAAUGAUGAGCUACAGGAACUUAUGAAGGCAGAAAGAGAAGGCAAGAAAUACCAAGCUGAGAGACACCAAGCUGACCUAGAAAGGAUUAAAAAGAAAUGCAAUGAAGAUAUUCAGCAGCUAGGCGAGCAGUUGGAAACAAUGGAAAGCGAUAUGUUAGUUGAAAAAGGAAAAGUUGCAGAAUUAGCAAAAAAGCUUAUGCUAGCAGAAGAUGAAGUGCGCAGUCUACAGGCAAAUCAAACUGGUCUAAUAGAUAUAGAACGGAAAAGACAUAAAGAUGAAAUGGAAUUAGCAAUGAGAGACCAUGAAGGAAAAUAUGAAAGAGCUCAAAAGGAGUUUGAUGAAAGAAUGAGCAUAUUUAAAACCGACGCCCAACGCACUCAACAGCGCUUAACUGAUCGUAUAUCCUCCCUUGAAGCAUCUAUCUUUGAUCUGGAGAGAAAGCUCUCAGAACAGUCCUCCCAUGCAGCACAUAUGUCUCAAGAGCUGGCACGCUCAGCUGAGAUCACAGCUCUUGCAGUUCAGGAGACAAAGGAAAAAGAGCUGGCUCGCAUGAAAAUAGUGGAAGAAAACCUUGAAGCUGCACGAGAUGGAAGGCUUCGAGCUGAAAAACAACUUGAAACUGUACAACGCAAUAUGACAUUACUGCAGGAACAAAAUAACAGUUUAAUAGCAGAAUUGGGAGAGCCACAGAGGAAACUAGCACAGUUACAUGAAGAACUCAGUAGAGAGAGGGAUAAUGUUACUCGUCUUCGAGCUGAGAAAAAUGAAGAAAUUGCUCGUGCAGAUGCCCGGAAAGCUGAUGUUGAUCGUUUGCAAUUGGAGGUAAAUUCCUUAAAUCAACAACUAGUAGAAAUUAAAAACCUCCGCUCUGCAAAAGAACAAAAAUGGAAUGAAGAGCGGGACAAGAUACAGUCAGAUCUAGUGCAAAAAGAGAGAGAGAUUCAAAGAAUAAGAUCAGAUGAAGUAGAGAGAGCUGCAGCAUUAUACUCAGCCUUCACUAAAUAUUUGGGAAAUGUGCACCCUUCAACAGCAUCAUUUCUGGUUAAAUGAUUAAUUUCAAAGUAGCAGCACUACAGAGAGGGUGUUUUUCAUUCACUGUUGUGUGAGUGUGUGUGCAUGUGUGUUCUGUUUGUGUAUUUCACUUGGUGCUUGCACAAGGAGAAGGCCUUCAUAUCCAUGAGUUUCUUACUUGGAAGAUAAAAUGAUUGAGGACCAACAAAUAACUUUUCUCUGCACUUUACUAAUAAAUUUACAGACUGAAUUAUCUAACAAUAUAUACAUUAUACAGCAAUAUCAAAUUUAUACAAAAGGAACUAGAAAAAGCUCUUAAUAAAAUACUGUAUUAAGAGA